UGGGAUGGGGCGUGGCAAGGGCGGACUACCGCGCCCGCCGCCCCCGGGCAGGAAAGGGCAGGUCUGCACCGCUGCCCACGCUCGCUCCCGCGGCGACUCGUGGUCGGGGCCGCGCGGGAGCGACAUGCCUGCGCGCCCGGGCCUGUGACCCGCUCGGGGAUGGACAGCGGCUCCGUGGCGGGCGAGCGGCCGAAGCGCACGCCGGGCCGUCAGCGGCUCCUGCCCUUCGGCUGCGGGGUCCAGGCGCGCCCCGGCGUCUCCCCGCUGCCCGGCGGACGACGCUGGCUGAGGCUCCGCGGACGGGCCGCCCGCGCGUCCCCGCUGCUGCUCGUCCUGCUCGUGCCCUCCCCGCGCCUGGCCGCCACCGCCCCGCGUAGGACGCUGGCUGAGCGCACGCGCCCGGGCCACGCCGUCCCCGCGGUUGCGCUCGGCGCCGGCAGGAACGCGCAGGGCCGUCUGCCGCUGGGCGUCGGGCGUGUGGCCGCCCUGGCCAGCAGCCGGAGAGAGCUAAGCCUGUCUGCUGGGUGCCGGCAGCUAGAGCACAGGAAGGGGAAUUUGCCCUCGUCUGUGAGUCGGAAGCUCUACUUUGACACCCACGCUCUGGUGUGCUUACUUGAAGCAAAUGGGUUCACCACUCAACAAGCAGAAAUCAUUGUGUCUGCAUUGGUCAAGAACACAGAGACCAACAUGGACAUCGUCUACAGUGAUAUGGUCACCAAGGUGCAGCAGGAAAUCACUCUUCAGCAAAUAAUGUCUCAGAUUGCUAACGUGAAAAAAGAUAUGGUCAUCUUGGAGAAGAGUGAGUUUUCAGCCCUCAGAGCAGAAAAUGAGAAAAUAAAACUUGAACUACACCAGUUAAAACAGCAAGUGAUGGAUGAAGUGAACAAAGUCCGGACAGAUACCAAAUUAAACUUCAAUCUAGAAAAGAGCAGAGUGAAAGAAUUGUAUUCACUGAAUGAGAAGAAGAUGCUGCAGCUGAGGACAGAAAUGGUGUCCCUGCACGCCCAGCAAGACAGAGCCCUGACCCAGACAGACAGGAAGAUAGAAACCGAGGUGGCUGGCCUCAAGACUCUGCUGGAGGCACACAAGCUUGACACGAUCAAAUACUUAGCAGUUGCUGUGAUUCUGACUUGCAUUGGAAGGGUUUCCUGACUCUGGACACGUUUGUACAGGGAAGAUGCUGGCUGCCGGGUGGAGAUUUGUUCUUUAACAAGCAGUGUUUCAUGGAUUGCAAGCCUUUGGUACACUGUUUCCAGGUCUUGACUGGCACAAGAAGAGUGAAGAAGUGCCAGUAGCCAGCCGCCAGCCGUCCCUCCUCACUCAGCCCUCUAAGUGACUUCUCACACCUGGUACAGUACAAAAGAAAAUCCCUGAGAGUGACAAGGGGGCUAACGGUACUCUUGGUUCUUUUCUUGCAGGGUCUGUGUUUACGUGCUUAACAGUAGCUCUGGGAUUCUAUCGCCUGUGGAUAUAGUAAAGUGUCUCUUUAAAGAAAUUUCCAUGAUUUUGCCUUAAGAGUACCAGGUUGUUAUCUCACCUACCCCACCCCACCCUUUUUUCUUGUUUCAAGUUCUAAUCCUAAUUUGACUUCAUGCAUAUUAUUUAUUUCUGUGCAAACUGUGGAUCCAUAACCAAGGUGAAGAAGUCGGAAUUUCUGUAAUUAUUCUUCGGAGCUCCUCUCUUUAGUUGGCUUUUUGACUGAGCAGUGUGGACCACGCUUUCAAGACUCCAUUCAGCCAAACCAGUGGACUUGGUCUAACCUGCAGUAUAUGAGAAAAAUAAAUACUAGUGUCAUCCUCUACAGCUUGAAAUAGUCUGUAAUGUGGAGAACUGGGGAACUCAUUUACAUCGGAAGAAUCAUUGGAAUUCAAUCCAGAACACCAGCUCUUCCCAGCCUCAUCACCAGGCGCUCCUGCGCAGCCUCGCUCUGAUGCAGCAGCUGCAGCAUUAACGAUGCUGGUGCACCUUCCGGGCCUUUGUCUUUGGUUUCCAUUGUCUACAUAACAUCGCCCAUCGCCGCGGUGGUUGUUAAUGUGCCUUGCAACUGGAAGUCUCGGAACCUAAUGGAGCUUUGUAAUUCUAACACAAGUUCUUUUACUGCUGCCACUCAUGUGUUUUUGGUGAGACAAGGUCUUGCUAUUCAGCCCAGGCUAGCCUUGAACUCACAGUCCCGAGUCAAGACACCAUGCCCAGCCUCUUAACCAUCCAGAAUGCUAACUUUCCUCCCUCUCCAUCCUCUUACUUUCCCUCAUGAUGUGCGAGUUUAACACCAUACUCGUGGCAUUACCUACCUAGAAAACUUAGAAUUCUUGGAAUGAAACCCUGCUUCAGUCUGUGGUUUAGAGUGAACUUCCUUCUGGUUGUCCACCGGUUUUUUUAUAAAAUGACACACUGCACUUUCUUCCUGUGGGCUAUCUAGAUAGUGUACACAGUUUUUAGAAUGAGUACGCCUGCGCCUAGGAGCAGCGCAGGUUGUCACUUGCCCAGUGAGAGAGCCGCCAUGCUCGGCAUUGGCCUCAUGCGCAUUGAUUUCUUUGUGGCUGAAGACACCCUCACAUUCGCCUUCCCUCUGUAUUUAGAACGAGCAGCAAGGUUAUUCUGGAGACGCACAUUCUCCUCCUAGUUAAGUUGUUGGCGGAUGGAUGAGAGGGAGCAUUUGGCAAGCAGUGACACUGAGGAACCCUUCCUGGCUUUCCCCACACAGGCACAAAUGCCCAAGCUGGUGCACGGUGCAGAAACCCCAAGAGACUGCACCAUAAGAUUGGUGGAAUAAAUCACCCCUUGUCACUGUUCCAACCACAGUGCUAAAAAUAAAAACUACCUUUUGUUCCUUGGAUGUAAUUUCCAAGUUUUAGAAAUCAUUAAGUCCUUGCCUCUUUAGAAAACAUUUGUGUAAAAAGAUUCCGAGCCCCACAGAAUAUGGAAAUCAAGUGCUUUUGUACUAGAACAGUAUCGAGGUGAAAUACAAGUUCAUCCUUUUCAAGUAGAAAACAAAAAAAAAGUCUCAACUACUUAAUAAAAUACUUGGUUGAUGUAUUCUCUCCCUGUUUCAGAAAAGAGUCCCCAAAGCCUGCCCAUCCCACAGUCCCCUUACACAUGGCAGGCCUCCAUGAAUGCCGUCCCAGUUAGACCAGUUAACUGCUUCAUGGUAGCACAGCUUCGGAGCAAGGGCUCCAAGCCCAGAUGCUCUUAUCUCUCCCAGAGGAAAAAGCCCAGUAUGCAGUUAUAUUUCACAGAGGGUACGUUUCCUCGUGUCCUGAUCAAGUAUUCCUUAAGGAACACAUCCGUGUGUCUGCUUAAAGUAUUCCACAGCACUCCUGGGCUCAGCAGGCUGUGUUAUCUUUAAUUUUGCUCUAGAUUUUGUUUCUUUAUGGCACAUGACAGUCUUAUUUGGCCUUAGAAACUGUGCUAUCAUUGAGAGUGUGGGUGCCAUGCAUAUCUGAAGGUUAGGAGAGUUCAGGACUGUGUUCCCCUAUUUCCUAAUAAAGUUGAAAAGCAUUGAGCUAUAAAUAAGCAUGUCCUGUCGUCGCUGCCUUGGACAUACGUAAGUGUGUGGGUGCUGUGACCAGACACUAACUGAACUUUCCUCACUGAGGCUUCAGAGCCCUUAGGAAAUGUCUGGCAGGUUUCCAGGUAGCAACCAUGGGUCAGGCCUGUGGGGACAUUUAACAGUAGCUACAUGGGGUAAAAGAGUCCAGAUCUUAAAGUGUUCCUCUGCCUUCUUGCUGGGUACUGUGUUUUCUGUCCCCUCUAUUUUUCCUGUGGUACUUGCUAGGGACCAAACCACAGGCCUUGAAUGUGCUAUCAUCCUGCCUCAGCCUCAGCUGAGAUUAGAAGCUUUAGUCAGUAUGUCUGGCUCCCUCUGGCUUUUUUUUUUUUUUUUUAAGAGCCUCAAGUCCAGUUUCACUCCUUUCCUGCAUUCAUAUGCAAAACCCCUUUGGGGCUCUUUACUGAAGACAUUUGCUUUGAUUUCUGUACUGCUUUUCUUGCUUAACAUCUGGUGACAUGAUUUUUCCUUCACGUAUGCCCAGCACCUUGGGUAGAAAGUCACAUUCAAGAAGAAAGACCUGACUCAAAGCAGAAAAGUCUUGCUGGGGUCUCUCGGAAUGCUUUAAGCACUGGGAGCCUGAGCCGCAGCAAGCCUGUGCUUGGGCUGGCCUGUCUAAUGUCUUGGCAUCUUCUUCCCUUGAUUGUCCUUGCCCCCCUCCUCCCCAAGCUGGUCUGCCUGCCUGCUAAUUAACCCUGUCACUACUUCGAGCAUUUCCCUUCCCCAACCCUUGUAUGCCAUGUGCCAGAACUGGCAGAGCCAACCCUAGAAAACUUGGGACUUUAAGGUAAUCAAAUUGUUACAGCUUUUAUGACCCUAUUGCAAAAAUGUGUUAACCAGAAAUAAUUUAUUCUUUAUGUAUGUAAGAUACUUGGAAAUGUUCAGCCUUAUUGGAACUGUAUUCAGAAAAUAUCUUUUUACAGAUUUGUACUUACAUUCCUCCAAUGACAACCCAGAUCAUGUAACCCUUUUAUUACUUCAGCAAAUAUUCUAUUAUAUUUUAUUAUUGUAUGGAGUGAAUAUAUUUUAUUAUCUAAGAUAAAAGAUUUAUGCUUGUAUGGCUAAUAGAACUUUCUGGUUCCGAUUGAAUGUAUGAAAACAGAAUAUACCUUCUAUCUGAAACAACUGCAUCUAAACUAAUAAUCCCACCUAUUGUAAAAUGAUACCACUUAAUUGUCUCUAGUGAAUUACAAGUAAAUAUAAUACCUAAAAAAUUGGAUUUACAGAGAAGCUAUAUUUGAAAGUGAAUGUCUGAUUUGCAAAAUAAAUUAUUUGAAAGAAUUUUUA